AUGAAAGAUAAGUUUCUGCUAGAUAAAAAAGCUUAAAACAUUAUAGAAUUAGUCAAUUUAUUUAAAAAUAUUUUGUUGAUUUCCCACAUUUUUGCUUGUUUAUGGAUAUUAGCUGCUAAAUAUUCAGAAUAUAUAUAUGAUCAUUAACAAUAAGAUUAAAGUAAUACAACUAACAAUCCUAAUACAUGGAUAGAGUUAAUGCAGCUGACGAAAUCAUCAUGGGUAGUUUAAUACAUAUAUUCUUAUUAUUUCAUAACUGUAACCAUGAUUACAGUUGGUUUUGGUGACGUUAGACCAACUAAUGUGAUUGAGGUAUUAGUUUGCAUAUUCUUGAUGAUGACUUGUUGCGUUAUAUUUGGGUUCACAAUUAAUUCAAUAGGCUAGAUAUUUUAAGACUUCUAUCAAAUAGAAAAGCUAAUCAGACAAAAAAGAAUUAUCAUAGGAAAUUAUAUGAUCAGAAAAGGUGUUUCUAAAACAACCAUGAAAAAAAUUUAUGAAUAUCUAGACUACUAUUGGAAAGAAAAAAAUGAUGAGAGUCAGUAAGAAGAAUAAGAAAUUAUUUAGUAACUCUCUGUGGGGUUAAGAGAGGAGCUACUAGCUGAGUCAUAUAGAGUUAUAUUUAAGGAAAGUUCAAUUUUUAAGGAAAAUUUUAGUUACGAUACACUACUGAAAUGUCUUCCUUUCAUUUAAGAGUAAAGAUGUACUCCCGAAGAAGUUAUAUAUGAUGCAGAAUUGGGCGAUUAAGACAUAUGGUUAUAUUUUGUGCUAUAAGGUGAGUUAUAAGUAUACAUUUAAUCGCCAAACAAAUCAACUAAAUAAAAUGCAUUUAGUAAUUCUUCUAUCAUUUACACUCUCAGAAAAGGAGAUUAAUUUGGUGACUUCUCUUUUUUCAGUGGAGAACAGACAAAAAUGAGUUUGAAAAGCUAAAAUUUCUCUAAAUUGAUGAAAAUUAAGAGAUCAGAUUUUUUAAGAGUUGUCGAAGAAGAUUAGACAGAAUAUGAAAAUUUUUGCAUGAUUAAAGAUUAGAUAAUACUUUCUAAAGAUAGAGCUAAAUUAAAAAGCAAAUGUAUUUCUUGUAGUGAUACAAAUCACGAUGUUGGUGAAUGUCCUUAUUUACACAACUAUCCUAAUAAAGGCAGAAUUAUUAGCUCAACAUUUUACAGCUUACCUCAUUUGAAGAGAGAGAAACCAAAGUAUGAAAGAAAUUUAAAACUAAAAAAGAAAUCCUUAAAUUUGAUUGGGAGCUGUUGCAGCUGUCUGUUAGAAUAUUUCAAUAUUAGAUCAGAUGAUCUAUUAUAAUAUGAAGAAAAAUAUCUAUAUUUAAAUUCUUUCUAAAAAUAUGGCUCAUAGCAAUAAAAUGAAACUAUUUAAAGUUAGUAAUACAUCGAUUCUAAUAUAAAAGAAAAUAUAAACAAUUUAAAUGCUGCUUGCCAUCCUAAUAUUAAUUUAAAUUCUAGUUCAAAUAUUUUAUCUUCUAAUACCUAAAGUGUUUAAAAUAUUCCUCAAUUGAAUUAUCAGUUGUCCUCUUUCUUAAAGCAGAAAUCUAACUUAAAUAAAUAGAAAUCAUUCAAGCAAUCUCUCAGCUAUAAAAAAUCAAAUUCAUCAAUUGAUGAAAGUGAGGAAUAAAAAGAUAAUAUCAAUGAAAAUAAUUUGGAAUCUCCUAAGUUAAAUAAAGGCUAGUAGAAGAAGUAAGGCUUUAAUUAUUCUUAGAGGUUAUUUGAUUGUAAGUAAUAAAAGAUUUCUUAUGAUAAUUUAUCAUAGACAGCUAGUUCUAAUACUAGAACAACAAUCAUAAAUAGCAAUAAAUUCAAAACUUAAUCAAUUUUCAACAAUCAUUCUCACGUAGAAAAGAAAUUAUUUUAGCAUCACCACUCUUUAAUGGAAACUAAGCAUUUAGAUUUAUCAUAAAACUUAGACGACUUCUUUACCCAAGAAAAUAAUAACUACUCUUUUAGCAAAAUGAAUCCCAACACUCCAUCAUAUAGUGAUUAAAUUAUUAGAAAUAUCUAAACGAUUCAAUCAACUUAACAUAGGAAAUCCUACAAUUUUUAAUGA